AUGGAACGACAGAUCGCGGAAAAAGAGCAACACCAUCAGCGCGAAGUGGAGUUGCGACAAAAGUUGCUGGCUAUGAGAGUGCAACACCGCAAGGAGAUCGAGGCUUUGGAGAAACAAUGCGUCAAGCCCAAAUGCUCCAGCUCUAUAAAGGAAGACGACACAGAUGACGCCUACCAAGGACAGCCUUACUCAUUCCGAGAUAUCGAGGAAGGCAUCGAGGAGUACGAUGGUACGGCAAGCGUAAGCACGUGGCUAUCUGACCUUGAAGCCACCGCUACCAUGGCCCGUUGGACAGAGAGGCAGAAGGCAAUUAUGUGCCGUAAAAAACUUACUGGUACGGCGAAGGCAUUUAUCGUGACGUUGCAAGCAGGUAUAGACUACCAACAGCUGAAAUGGGAGUUGCAGAGAGAGUUCGGGGAAGUUGUUCGGGCAAGUGACGUACACCGCCAACUAACAGCACGGCGGCGUGGUAACCGAGAAUCGGCGCUCGAUUACGUGUACGCCAUGCAAAAAAUCGCUCAGCCCAUCCAACUUGACGAACAAAGCAUUUGCGAAUACAUAGCAGACGGCUACACUAACGACGAAAAGUUGAGGGCAACGUUUUAUGAGGCCCAGACUAUUGGGGAGCUAAAAAGCAAACUAAAAUUCUUAGAGCGUGCUGCAAGUAAGGAAGCACCAAAGGGACCAUUGGUGAGAGAGCAACGAGGGGCAAUGGAAAACGCCAAGAAGCGUAAUUGUUUCAGUUGUGGCAGUAGCACUCACCAACUAGCUGAAUGCCCAACGAAACAAGAGGGCCCCACAUGUUUCAAGUGUGGUGCGACGGGGCAUCGUGCCAAAGAGUGCGCGAAUUCGCGCGAAAGAAAGCCGCAGUGUUUUGCGUGUGGCGAUAUUGGCCAUGUAUCCGGGAAGUGUACGAAGAAAAGCACCAGAGUGCAAACUCUGACAACUACCUUUCCCGAAGUCCAUGUGACAAUUCGCAACAAAGAAAACAAAGCAGUGGUGGACACAUGCAGCGAGGUAACGCUCAUGCGAUACGACCUGUUCCAGGAACUUAAACUCAGCCCAGGUGAAUUAAAGCCAUCUGUACGGAUAAUAAGAGGCUACGGUGGAAAGCAACACAAUGUAUGUGGCGAGGUGACGAUCGAGGCGGGCAUAGACGAAGUGAUAGAAAAAAUCCAAUUCGUGGUGGUACCGUUAGGGUCCAUAGAUUCAAGGUUACUUAUCGGACUGGACGUGCUCGGUAAGGUAAAUUACGUAAUCCAGAACGGAAGUGUGAAAAUAACAAAACAAGUGAAGCACGACAAAGAGCCGCCAAAUGAGGACUAUCAUUGGGUGCUUCGGAUAACAUGUAACGAUGUGCAAGAGCUAGACGUACCGUCAAAGUAUCGGAGCGUAAUAAGUGGACUUGUUAACAAUUAUAACCCCUCGACAAACUCUAAUACAGAGAGCGAGAUGCGAAUACGCAUGGAAGGGCAAGAAGUGGUACGCACCAUACCUAGAAGAUUGGCUCCGUUAGAAAAGGAAAUAGUGAAGAAACAAGUGCGCGAAUGGUUAAGCGAUGGAAUAAUCCAGCCGUCGCGAAGCCCUUAUGCCAGUGCGGUGGUAGUUGUUCCAAAAAAAGACGGAUCAUAUCGGAUGUGCGUAGAUUAUCGCGAGGUGAACAAACUGAUCGUACGGGAUUCGUAUCCGAUGCCCAACGUAGAAGAACAAAUCGAUCAAUUAGCAGACGCUCGUGUAUAUAGUGUGCUGGAUCUCAAGAACUCAUAUUUUCAUGUGAAGGUGGAGGAGAAAAGUCGCCAAUAUACGUCGUUUGUGACAUCCGAUGGACAGUAUGAGUUCUUACGGGCUCCGUUUGGAUUGUGUAUCAGCGGAAACGCGUUCGGACGUUUCAUCAACACUGCGCUUCAAGAGCUGAUAACGGACGGCACCAUCAUGGCCUUCGUUGACGAUAUCAUCAUACCAGCUACCGACGAGGAACAUGGAUUGACGGCGUUACGGCGGGUGCUAGAGGUGGCACGAUAUGCAGGACUUCAAUUCAACUGGAAGAAAUGUGUCUUCCUAAAACGACGUGUAGAAUAUUUGGGAUACACAAUCUACGAUGGACGCAUUGAACCGUCAUCCCAAAAAAUAGAAAAGGUUAAGCAUUUUCCGCAGCCGAGAACAGCGAAACAGCUUCAACGUUUUAUAGGCUUAGCUAGUUAUUUUAGGAAGUUCAUAGCAGGAUUCGCAGACCUGGCAAGACCAUUGACACGUAUGCUGAAAAAGGGAAGUACGGUGGAAUUCGGUGACGAUGCAAAGGCAGCGUUUGAAAUACCGAACUACAUACUGACGCGAGUAAAGAAGCUCUCGCAGGCAUACUGUUGCAGCGCGCUGAAGAAGACGGAAAAUUACAUCCGUGUUAUUAUUAUAGCAGGUUGA